UGCUGAUGCACGUGUCCCGGAGCACAAAGGGCACGUUGAGCCGGCUGGGAGUGUUCACAGUGAGCAGCUUCCAUGCGUACAUCUGCGCCCGCAGCCCGUCGCUGCUCAACAACCUCCUCGCCGGCCGCGGUGCCACCAAAAGGAGAGCGCCGAUGCUGUCUCGCAGCAACAGCGUGUCGUCGCGCAGGUCGCUGCAACUCCAGCAGAGCAUGGAGCCUGACAAAGUUUAUAAAGUCUCCCUCCCUGACAAUCAAAUAGCCAACAUCACUCUGCGGGAAGCGAUGACCGUAGAAGAAUUCCUGGUCGCCGCCUCCAGUGGCCGCGGCCUCAAUCCUCUCGAGCAUUUCGUCAGGGUCAAGAAGAGGCGCGAGCUCGAGGAGACGAAUUACUUCGUGCCUCACCGCACCGAUCUUAUAGAGAACUACCUGGCUACUCAUGAAGUGGUGGAGAUCUGCGCUAAGAUCUUGUACCAGGUUGAGUUAUCGCGCUCGAGCCUAGAGCACAUGUGGGGCUUCAGUGUCGAGGCUGAACUUAUCGAGAACAGUGAGCGUCAGGACGAACUAUGCUGCUACAUCUCACGUGUUGAGGACCGAAGUACUGCCAUGCAGAACGGCAUCAUCAAGAGUGACGAGAUCAUGGUUAUCAACGGGGCGAUCGUGAGUGACCUGGACAUGAUGUACAUUGAAAGCGUCCUGCAAGAAGAGCUUGCGCUCUGCCUCAUGAUGAGGUCGUCGAGGACGGAGCCGCCAGACCUAGCGUCCCUCAUGAAGACGACAGACGAGAUCAUCGAGUCUCUAGUGUGUCCUCCACCGCCAUCAGAGUCCUCCCUCAACGAAGAAAUGAUUUCGUCAAUGAUCGUCCCAGCGCCAUCUUGGUCCAAGCAGGCCAUUGCUGGUCACAUGCCGGGUGCGGUCCCUGGCAUGGGUAUGGCCCACAUGGGCAUCAACAUGUCGCCCGGUAUAAGCUUGAACAACAUGGGCAGCAUUGGUGGACUUAACAACGCACCCAUGAUUGGCCACGGGUACAAUGGAAUGAGCAACUACGGCAUGGGAGGCAUGAUGAUGGGCAUACAUCAGCAGCAGAUGACGCAGUCCAUGAUGCAGUAUGGGAAAGAACCUGCAAGCCCGGACGGCUUUCCUCCCCCUGCGUCCGACUCCUCAGACCGAUCCAAUGUCUCGUCACUGGAGAUUGAAAGCUUCCUAAAGGCUGGUACUGGCGGUAACACGAGCGACCUGAGCGGCUGCUCGAGGUCACCCAUCGACACCCGCCGGGAGGGGCACGGCGGUGGGCCCAUGGGGGGACAUGUGGAGCGUGACAUGGACCGCGGUGGGGGCAUGAAGACCAUGCUGGGCCACACAGACCGGGCCAGCACCGGCAGCAACAUGGAGCGACGUAGCUCUGCAGGUGGAGGAAGCGUGGGUGGAGGGGCUGUCCCCAUGGACCGCAACUCCCCCACAGGGAGCCUUGCCUCCAGCCACUCGCAGAGUCAGCUCACGCCCUCUCGUCAGCUCUCGCACGCUGAGAGGCUUCGCAAAGUUCUCGCCGAACUUGUCGAGACCGAAGCCAGCUAUGUCAAGCACCUAAACAAUCUGCUGGAGAACUACUUAGAGCCUCUCCGUAACGCCUCCUUCCUGACCUCAGCCGAAGUCACGGCGCUCUUCGGCAAUAUCAGGGAAAUAGUGGCCUUCCAGAGGCUCUUUUUGCAGGCACUCAGAGAGGCCAUAGAUAUCGAGCCCGACUUCCAGAAGUUCGAUCAGCCCUACGAGUUUAAGAACGUGCUGGUGUCCAUCGCCAGCGCCUUCCUGUACUACGCGUCGCAGUUCAAGCUUUACUCUUCAUUCUGCGCCUCGCACUCAAAAGCUCAAAAAGUUCUGCAUCCCAGCGAAGGCAAUCAGGCGCUGCAGGAGUUCUUGGCGUCACGUAACCCGCGUCAGCAGCACUCGGCGACCCUCGAGUCCUACCUCAUCAAGCCCAUCCAGCGCAUCCUCAAGUAUCCGCUCCUCCUACAGCAGCUCAAGAACCUCACGGAUCCUGGCACUGACGAGAACAGACACCUCGUUGAAGCGUUAAUGGUGAUGGAGAAGGUAGCUGAGCACAUCAACGAGAUGCAGAGGAUCCACGAGGAAUACGGGGCCAUCUUCGACCAUCUCUUCAGGCAGCACCAGAAGGCUUGCAAACAGGUGGAGUCCUCUAAACCCGUAGACCUGUCGCUGGGAGACCUUUUGUACUACGGUGGAGUGGAGUGGCUCAACAUCUCUGACUUCCUGGGCAAGAUAAAGAAAGGACUCGAACUCCACGCCAUGUGCUUCGUCUUCAAAACCGCCGUAGUCUUCCUUUGCAAAGAGAGACUACGACAGAAGAAGAAGCUCAUGGGCGGCGGGUCUGGCAAGAACAACUCGGCGGAGGUGGAGAUCAUCAGGUACCAGGUGCUGAUUCCGGUGACGGAGGUGCAGGUGAGGGCGUCGUCCAUGAAGGACAUGGACAGCCACUUCCUCUGGGAGCUCAUCCACCUCAAGAACCAACUGCAGCGACGCUCUGAGAAAGUCUAUCACCUCAGUAACAGCACGUCCGAGUUCCGCAACGCGUUCCUGAAGACCAUCCGUCAGAUCAUCCGCGAGUCCGUACGCAACAUGAGCAUCCCUAACAAGGGCUCCGCGGGUGAUAAGGAUGGCGGUGGCAGUGGCGCCAGCGGUGGUGGUAGCGGUGGCAGCCGUGGUGGCAGCAUCGGUAGCAGCAGCGGUGGUGGCAGCAGCAGCAGUAGGCAAAUGAAUACCAGCACCCUGCAGUCGAACCGCUCUGCUGGAGGUCGCCGCAAGCAGCAGCAGAUGAACCAAUCAACGUCCCUGCAGCGACACUCAACGGGCGUCAUGGACUACGGUAGCAACUUGGAGAGCUACGAUAACGUGCCAGAGACGCAACACAACGGGCACGAGCCCCACCAUAACGGGCAUGAGGUGCAGCGUAAUGGGCAUCUCCCCCAGCAGCAGCAGCAACAUGAGCUGAACGGGGCAUACAGGAACUGGGGCAAGACAGGGUCCGAUGCUACCGACGAGCAAAGUGAUUCCACUACCAAGAGUGACUUGGCUCCUCCACCGCCGCCUCCACCUCCUCAUCAACAGCAGCAGCAGCAUCAGCAACAACAGCAACAGUAUCAACAACAUCAAUCCAGUAACACCGAGCUUGGUCAUCGGCCUAACAACAAUCAUUUUCAAGAUCGUUCCGACCGAAGUGAUCGAUCGAGUGUCACUGAAAGAUCAGUCCAGGAAAGAGCAGCGCCCGGUUCCGGAGAGCGUUACCGCAACGGUCGUGGGAGUUCAGGUGGCGAUCGGCCUCACGACCGCACCUCUUUGUGUGGAGGAGACACAUCCUCCCGCAGCAGCUCCCGACAGAGAGGUGCUUCUGGACGAGACUCGGUGCCGAGGUCGGACAUGGAAGAAGAUGAUAUCCUGAGUGGCGCUGAAAGUCGCCGUAGAGCCACGCUAGGUCGCACCCCAAAUCAUCUCUCAUUGUCGACCUCGUCAACGCUGUCCACAGCAUCCACGGGCUCUCAGGCCAAACUCAUUCAGGCCUCCAACACUCCUGGCAGCUACCAGUCCAAGGGCAACAGCAAACCAGGUUCUCCGGUAUGGAAGCCCCGUGAGAACUUCUCGAACCGCGGCAGCAGCACGUCCUUGGCUACCGCUCCCGGAGGAGGGCCAGAUCGUGACCCCGGUAAUGAAAGUAUGACACUCCCUCGCGCCGGAAAGACCUUCAACACCUUCGGGAGGGGAGAAGAGCACCGAUACUCGGAAGGCAAGAGAGGUAGCGGUGCCAACAUCAGCGGCAGUAUGAGCGGCAGCAUUGGAGGCAACAUAAGCAACACUGGAUACAAUAAACAUCAGCCGCAUUCUCUACAAGGCUCAACCAAAACACUCCAUUGCUGAUUCUCUGCCAUCAUCGUCUCUUCAUCUUGCUUUCAUGACAUUCCAAUCGCUCAACUCAUCACCAUGAUAUAUAUUCUACCUUUUAAGACUCACUUGAUAACUUGUGCCGGAGCAGCACAAACGGCGUCUCCCAUCAUACGCACUACGCAUCCUCAACGCGACAUUGCGCCUCUUGUCUACAAUUCUACUAAUCUUUUGACGAAGAAUCUGACAUGGAGAUCCCGGCGUUGGUUGAUAAUUCUUAAUACAAUUGCGUAGCACUUCAAUGCUUUAGAAUUGAUUAGAAUACAAAGUAAUACUACAACUGGCGUGCAAAAGUGUCUGAGGCGAUUUAAUGCCAUGCCGUACUUUUCUUGAGCGCCUUUGCUACACUUUUGCUCGUCGGCUGCUCCUGCUCAUGUCUAAUCUGUAAAGAAAAAGAGUCACUUUGAUAUUAUUAUACUAGUGUUAUGAAGACGCGAUUUGUCAAACUGUUGUUGAAAUCUAAUUUUCUCUAAUUGCUUUCAUGAGAUUCAUUUUAAUAAGGUUACUGUUAGGUUAUUCGUAUUGAACAUCGUGGCGCUAGAAUGAAUGUGGUGUUAGAUAUAAGUGCAAACGUGAGCUCCUGGCUCUUCAGUGGGAGGAAUAUCGAAAUGACAGAUAUUUAAUUAUCCUUUAAAAUCUCGACUGCAAUUUUUAAUAUAGUUAUAUAAUGCUUUAUCCUACGUAGAACAUCAUUGUCUUCAGCCGCAACGUCUCUUUCCGAGAAAAAACUAUUUGAGCUUAGACAGUUUCCGUAAAUUUACUCAGAGUCUAAGGCCCUUUUCCAAUGCUUUCGUUGAGGUUGCCGCUUUAGUUGUCCCUUGCUACCUUAUGCGAUGUCGACCUUAAAUGGGGAAAUAUUAGGAAGCCUUUCCACCCAAGCAUCCACCAAGCAUCGCUGGCGUUGACCGAACCUAUAUUGCCCUCAACGAUGCCAAGCUGUUCUGCCACAAUUUUAUGGCUUAUUAUUACACCGAAUGAAUCUCUAAUUGUGUGCGAUGUUCUUCAUUAGAGCGACUGCAUUAUGUACGAGCAGCGUGCAAUAUCUCAAUUCUCUCAUUUUUAUUUUGGUCGUGGAUUUCCUAAAGCCGUGCGUGGCCCUUACCCUGACAAUGCUUUGCUUCGAAUCUCUAUUAUUAGUAUUAUGUAUGAUCUCGUUCUUUGAUAGUAAGAAAUGCGAUCAAUUUGUGGCGUCUUCUGGAAACUUAUUUCUCAUGACCUUCUUAGUUAUACUCAAAUCGCGAGAAUAUACCCCUCUGGUGUUUGAAGGCAAUAAAUGUGGAAAUGUCCCGUGGUAACUAUACUGUUAUUGAGAAUAAUAUUAACAUGCUACCCCUGAUCGUAUGUUCAAAGAAGUUGUCGACGGCAUUCGACUGCCACUCUGUUUGUCUGUCAGGCUCGAGGGCCCUUAAUUAUUGUUCUUGGGCUUGCUCACGUCAAAUGAGACAAUUUCGGUGUUUGUGUAAUAUUUUUGCGACAAACUUCGCUGCUCGUUGACUAUCCAAAUAUAGUAAUGUGAGAACUGAAACCAAUUUCUGAAGCAUAGGAUUUUUUGCCAGAACUUUUGUCUCUUGUCCUUGUGUACGUUAUUGGCGUAUAGCGAAAGCGUUGUUGGCGGCCAUCACUCGUUUUAAUGCAACUUUGAGACAAUAACUCACAAAAGGACAAUGAAGCCUCGAUACAAAUGCACUCUGUCGCGCUUCUGUUUGUGACCGUUAAGCUGGAACGCUAAUUUGCUUUGUAUUGAUAGUAUGGUUUGAGGGGCAGCGAGUUAUCUCAGUUGGUCGCGAGGCGUUUACGUGUCGAGAUGUGUAACUCUAAGGUCGCUUAUUGUACAUAGUUUUAGCUCCUACGGCUGUUAUUGAUGCUCUUCAUUCUUCUCGAGCCUAGAGUCACACUGUGUUCUCUGUGCUGUCCCUGCUACUUUUCCUAGACUCUUUAGGUUAGGAUAGAAGCAAUGCGUUUAAGGUUGGAGCCACUAUACUCCGAACGCACUCUUCGGUUCUAAGUCGGUUGGACGGCCUAUGCCGUUCUUCCCAAUCAGUUUUAAACAAAUUAAUUUUUUUCUUACGUGUUUAAAGUUCUAUUUGUUGGUUGUAUUGAAAUUAUGAUUUAUGUUGGUAAAAAGAUUGUUGGUUCCUUCUGGAACAAAAUUCAUUUGGUGGCUGAAUCUUAGAAUUACAAUAAGGCUUCUUUGUGGAGACAAUGCUUUCCUGUGCAUCUCCUAGCUCAGCUUCUAGUAUUUGAUUACAUUUGUUUAACACCGAUCAGAAAUUCUACGCGGGGCAACGAAUGCUCUCGUUAUAUUUGAUCGGUGUUCUGAGCUUUGCAUUUAUGAAGAUUAGCUUCUUGUACUCUGAUGCAUCAAAAACUGAGUUAGUUAAUGUCGAGCGAGAUGCUUGUCACUACCACCUUGAACAGCAACACAUAACUUAGCUAAGCCGCCCAUCCUUGGCUAUAUUUUUGCACAAAAAUAAUCAAACGCAUCUCUUUUGUGCGUAAAUGUUAUGCUCAUCCUUUAGUGUCAGCAUCCAACCCUUCUUUCCCAGGAACGCUCUGUUGCUUCUGUCUAGCUGUAAUUUUUAUUGUUAUCUUUAAUAUUGAUGCUUAUAAUGUUUUCGUGGUAUUUGAUUAUUGUGUGCCAAACUAAAAACUCUAAACUCUAGUCAUGUUGUCUGUAAAGUGAAACUGUGCUUCGGCUCGUAGCUGUUCUUCACAGCCCUAAAUAUUUGACCGGCAAAUUCUCUGUUCAUAGAAUAAUUUACAUAUUUGAAGCUCAAGAAAACAUUUUUAUGCUUUAUAUGCGAUAAUUUUUGCGAGAGUAAAUGGCAGGAAUUGCUAGGAUCUUGUUUCUCAGCAUUAAUUUUGACAUGAACAUAAUUUACUGAAGUGUGUUUUCCUGACAGAGCUCACUAUAAUCCUCAAGUUGCGCACAAUAUUAAACUAUUCACGAAGUCAAUAAUAACUUUUGAGGCUAUCAAGCCAAGACAAAGCUCUAUCCUAGUAAAGAAAUCUCGAGCGAGGUUUCCUUCUCGUCUACUUUUCCAUCGCCCUGUCGAUAUUCCGGUGGCUGUUCAAAUUUCCUGGUAACCAUCACUUUCCUGAGUAACUCCUCUUUACGAUCUGUUUCGAUGCAUCGAAUUUAUCGUACUCGUUUGAGAACAAUUGAAACUUUAGUCUUGUAUCGCAAGGAUCCGAUGAUUGCCAUUACCGUAGAGGUUAUUAGCAUUCUACGAUGAUGAAAGAAAUAUAGGCUGAAAUGUAAAUCGUUUUCGGCUAUUGACGAUAUUUUUAUCUUGUGUGCCAGUUUUCCGUACUUAGAUACACUGGUUUUCAAAAUUAACCUCCGUUCACAAAUGAUCACGGAAAGAGACUAAUUAUUAUUACAUUUUUCAAUUACAAGCACGGGAAUAUAAAUUUUUAAUUUAAUGUCUGUUUUUUGUUGAUUGGCCCAUUGAAUUUGUCAACAUAAAAUCUAACCCCGUUCAAGUACGAUUUAAGAAUUUGUUAAUAGAUAUCCUAAUUUGUUCAGCUGCUGAUAAAACUCCGCUUCAGAUGUACAUCGUCGGUGAAUCCAGCUAACAUGCGAUUUUGCCUUGGGAAAACAAGCACAAUUACAGCUCUGAUCAUCUCCAGCCAAGUGCGAUCGUUGAAAUCAUGUCUUGCAUGCGUGGAUUUUCAUGUAGAGAUCACCUUACCUAGCACAAUCAUCACUGGCAGUUCGUUACAUGCGUAAUGUAAUGCAUUAAAUAUGAACUCGUAGUGACCUUUUUACUUUCAGCGAGAGGAAGUGUGAUCAUUCUUCUAUUCUGACUAAUUCUCUACAGGAAACUUCCAUGCAUGUUAGACUCGAGCUGAGACAAGUGUUGUAACAUAGGCAAGAUACGUAUACAGACUUAUUGUGUUGAAACAUGGCAUUAAACUAUUUAUACAAGUA